AUGGACUCCAUGGAGGAAAAGCAUGUCAACACCGCACUUCAGAUAAGCAAUUUCAAGGUAGCCCUAAAUGGGUUUGAAAAACUGGUUGAACGCACAGCGGCCCAGAAAAGAGAUGAAAGAGCAGGCUUGUUUGUCCAGAAAGAAGAUAUGAUUGAUUACGAGAAGUUUUAUGCAGCAGUGCAGGAACUGUUUGGUCCAGAAGUGAAGAAUCAUGAUGUGAAAUGCUUUUACAGGAAACUCUGCAACAACCCUGAUGUGCCUCCAGACUGGUGUGAGAUCUUUGGAUACUACUCCUCUGAAGACGAUUCGCUUAUUUCCCACAUGGAUGAAGAAAAUUUGGUUUUCCUCAUCUCUAGAAAACAGCGAGUUGUAAUUUCAGGUAGCAGGAGACGGGAUGUGAUUAAAUGCAUUGUCAAGAUCCCUCAGCUGGAUUUGCUAAUAGCAGCUUCUCAAAGAGGAUUAAUAACCGUCUUCAAUAACCAGAUGAGAAUCCAGACCAGCACCAAUGUCACAGACACCUCCUGGAUUACAGGCUGCGAUUACCUGUCACAGUUGAAACGAAUCGUUGCCACCACAGAAAGGACCAUUAUAGUCUGGGAUUAUAAAGCUCAAGGGAGCAGCCAGGAAAACUAUUUCGUCAUAAAGCCGAUGGACCACUGUCUCCUCUGUGUGUGUGUCGUGCCCCUGUCCGACCAGCUCUGCCGGGAUGACAUCCUCCUGGGGGACGACGGCGGUUUUGUGAACAAAUUCACGGUGCAUAGUGACGACUUCGGGUUAAAGCAGGCAAAAACCAAGAAAAAGUUACAAAGCCAGGUCCUAGACUCUAAGGACUUUCAUAGUGUUAAAAGGAAGCUACAUAAUGACUGGGUUAUGAAAAUCAAAUAUAUUUCAACCCUGAAUUGCUUUGGAUCCUGCUCCUUAGACAGUGUCCACUCGUUGGUUUUGGAAUCCUUGAAAAGACUUGAGGAUAAUUCGCCUGUCAGAGAGUUUUCCAUGCCGAGAGGAGCAAACACCUUCUGCUACUGUAUAAAAGCCAAUGUCAUUGUCACUGGAGGAGAUGAUAAGGUGCUCCGGCUGUGGCACCCCAAUAUCAACACCAAGCCAGUGGGGAAGCUCGUAGGGCACAUGUUCAGUAUCACUGAGAUCGUCACAAAUGAGAAAGACCAACUCGUCAUCAGCCUUUCCUCUGCCAAGGUCUUCAGGGUGUGGGAUAUACAGACCCUGUCACUAUUGCAAGUCUUCCAUGACAGCCAGGGAGGACCCGGAGACAUGCAAAUUUAUUCCAUGAUAUAUGACUCCAACCACGGCAUGCUUAUUGCAGGAUCAACUGUUAUUGACAUGUACCCUUUAACUAAGAUGAUACAAGAUACAAAACAGAUUCCUCGCACUCAUGAACGAGAAAUCAAUGUCAUGCUUUACAACAAAAGUUUUCACCAAGUACUUACCAUCUGCUCUGAAUCCAUAAUUAAGGUGUGGGAGCUUGAGACUGGCCUCCAUAUAUACCAGAUUUUAGACCCUCACGGCUUCAAUGUUGAACUGACUUCUGCAGCCAUCGAUGACAGCGGAUUAAUUUUUGCCACAGGAGCAUACAAUGGAACAGUUAAGAUCUGGGACUUCGGCAGUGGCCAGGAGGUGAAAGUUCUGCCCGAAGGGAAGGACUGGAAGGAAGACGAGCUCUGGAUCAAACGCCUGUUUUUCCUGAAGGCGCAGGAGAAACACCAGUACUUGCUCCUGGCCUUGGAGCGCAGCGGGAAGGUCAAAAUGAUGCAGGGUAAAGAAGAUACUAUUUGUCUCACGGUGAUAUGGGAGCUGCCUGAUGUUGUGCCUGUCCUACAGGAUGGUAAUCACAUUGUGCGUCUGAAGACGGCUACUAAAGAUAGGGGCGUUCCUUUCCCAGAUGUGACCCUGAUAGUUGAGCAAACCUCUUCUCAACAUGUUACUAAUCCAGCGGUUGGUAUAGAAGUGAACUGCAUUGAUUUAUUACAAGUAGAAGGAUAUAAUAUGAUAGUUGCUGGAACCUUAAAUGGUGUGAUCAUCUUAUGGAAUUUUGUAACAUCCACUGUCAAAGAAUUAUACAGACCUGAAGAUUGCUUCACUGAAAACCCUGACUUGGAUCCCAAACGCUUUAGAAUUAAUGACAUACUGUUCCUCUUUCGUACCCCUGAAUGUGCAAGAAGAUCAAGUCAGGACUCCGUAUGCUCUUCGUCCCAGUGUGAUUCCAGUAAAGGUCCUCAGAGCAGCAAGGGAAGCAAACAGAGCAUCCAUGACAGUGAGGGUAAAGGUGAGCAAACAGAUGUCACUGUGGGAGAGCAACAGCCAGGGGACAAAAAGCAUGUUGCAGAGACUCAGCCACCUGUCCUUGUCACCGCUCACGAGGACGGCCACCUCCGCUUAUGGAGUAUAGAGGGAAAACUGCUGAAAGACAUGCUACCUUUUACAAAACAUUCUGCCAUUUCUCUGACAUCGCUGUAUAUUGAUUCCUGUACCAGGAUACUACUGACUAGCAAUGUAGAAGGACACGUUAUCCUUUGCAGUAUUGGUUCCUUCCUGAAUCCACCUCAUGAUGAAAAGAAAUUCAAGCAGCUGCUUGCCUGGCGUGCUCAUUCUUUAGAGAUCCUUCAAGCAAUCUACGUAGAAGACAAACAAAUAGUGCUUACUGCCUCCGUCGAUGGCUCAGUAAGGGUCUGGCAUGCCCUCAAUGGCCAUUACUGUGGAUAUUUUGGACAGCGAAGGCCCUUUGACAUAUCACAGACAAGUGAUUUCAUUUUGCCUUGUGAUGUUAAUGAGUAUCCCAUAGAAAUAAAAGAAGAAAGCAAGUUCACAGAGAACAAGCAAAAAUAUGAAUAUCCUCUGGUAUUUGACCGGCAAAGAUGGAGAAAAAUGAGCUCAAUGUCUUUGCUUUUCAAACGUACACCCCCCAAGCCCUUUAAAGUGGAACAUGAUUUUAAAUUUUUCAAGUCUCUUUUUUCUCCCAAGAUUCAAAAGCAUGCCAUAGAAGGUUUCAUGGCUGAAAACAGAGAGGCGGGGGUUGUUUUCGGUUCUCUGCCCAUAUAUAGGGUCCCAAGCCCCACGAGUCUACAAUUCCUGCCACUCAUUGGGUCAGAGGUUCUGAGGGAGCCCGAUGGCAUUCCAGGAAAGAAGAAGGGAAGUCAUGUUCAACAUGAAAAAGGACAGCGGAGGAGAAGUCUGAAAAGGAAUUUCGUCCCACAAAUAAAUCUGUCUUCUUUCUUCUUCCCAACCAUCUCCAAAUAA